AUGAGUCGUGGAAAGAACGCCUACAAACGCGGCAACAAAACGUUGGCCUGGUAUUUGGCCGAUAAACUGAUGGACAAGAACGAAGGACAUGGUAAGGGUUUGAUUUUGGGGUGAAUAAGGUGGAUGUGAUGGGGGAAUAUGCCAAUUUUGGGGGAAAGAUUGUGAAUGGUUGUGAAAUGGAUUGUAAGAGGUCUAGAAGAUAAUGUAGUGUUAUAAUAGAAGCUUUUUGAGUUUAGGUAACACUAAAUUUUGCGCGAAAUUUGAAAUUUAUUGCUAAAAAUCAGGAAAAACUUGCAAAAAUCAAGCGAAAAGUCAGUAAAAUACGUUGCUAUCGUAUGAUAAUAGAUUAAAACUUACUGUAAUUACUUCCAAAAUCCUUUUUCCAAGUACUAAAAUAGAAUUACGGUUGAAAGUUGCACUUUGGUCAUAUGUUUUGUGGCAGAAUUCGUUUAUCCGUUGCACUUUGCCUGAACUUUGAGAGCUAUUUCGGAGAGUACGAGCAAUUCCUCAGUACCAUUCCGGGGAAUGCAAAGUGCAGCCCUUUUUGGAAUUUAAAUUGGUUUUUGAAGCUGUAGGAGGUAGUUGGUGCAGAAAAAAAUUUUUUUGAAAAAUUUGUGGCUUUGAGGGUUAACAGGGGGACCCUGUUGAUAUUUUUGAAGUUUUUUAAAAUUUUAGAACUUUUUUGAAAAAAUGCUUUUGAAAUUCAUUUGAGGGCACAAAAUGACUUCUUGUUCUCAAAAAAAUUUUAAAAUUUCAAAAAAAAAUUUUUUUUGAUUUUUUCGAAAUUUUUCAAAAUUUUGCAAAAUUUCAAACAAAAUUCAGAAUGUCCUCGAGAGCUCUUUGUAUUUUGUUUACUUCCGAAAGUUGAUGUUGUUUUUUAAACAACCAUCUUUGUACUAUAUCAAAACAUACAUUAUAGUUGGGUUUUAUGUUUGCUGCACUAUUCGAAAGCAUGUGAUACCGAGGCUUGUACUAUCGCACAAAAACAUACUUAAGGCAGUGUUUGUGGCUUAGAAGGUGCAUUUGGAUGUUUGUGAAGGUUUUUUGAAAUUUUGAAAAAAAAAUUAGACCACCCCCCCACUCUCUACCUUUUUUCAUUUUUUACCCCGCCCAACUUUAUCCAGCCUUUCUUUUUUCUUUUUCCUAAAACAAAGUGCAGUCCCAGGCCUAUUGUUAAACCUCGGGGACAAAUGUAAGGCCAAUUCUUUGAUGAUUGCACUUUAGUACAUUCAUUAAGCAUCCACAUCUUGUACUUGUAGUGCAUUCAUGCAGCUUAGUGCGAAUGGGGAGUGGCCAUAGGUACAUUAUAAAAUGGCACAAGACCUAAGACCAUCGGUUUUAGUUCAGCCGGUAAAUGCCAUGUGGCAUUGUUCUUGGAUUUGUAGUUUUGGCGGGCGGGGUAAUUUUUUUGGGGGGGGGGGGAUUUUUGAAAAAAAGUUUUUUUUUCGGAAAUUUUUUGAAAUUUUUAAUUUGCUAAUUUCAGAUGUCGACCUAGACACUAAACGAAAAAAUUCUGUGGAUUCAGAAUCCUCGAUGAAUUCUAUGCAUCAGCACGACGCCGACUCACGGCCCCGCAAGGACAAGAAGCAGCGUGCCAAUCGCCGACGGAACAUUUCGGAACAGUCGGAGAAGAUUGACGAAGCCUUCGAAACACCCGAACCCCAGUCCACGCCGGAGCCGGUGAAGGAGAGCUACUGGUACUACGAUCAAACCUCGGAUGGCUUCUACUACGAGCACAACGGCUCACGUGGAUGGCGGAAGCGGAACCCGAAGCUACACGGUAAUCCGCCCACAAAUCUGCAGAAGAAGGCCUUCGAAGCCGAGCCAAAUGACGCUCCAGCUCCGCAGACAAUCGAAAAGGUAGGGCGAUUUGAUGGGUUAUAUGAUAGGUGGGAUGUGAAGAAGGUUUAUGUUGAGUUUGGGGAGGAUUGAAGAAGUUUUGGUAGAGAUACACAUCAAAAUAUAAGACCAACCAUUAAUUUUUGGCUCUAAAAUGUGGGAAAUUUGGCUUAAAAAUUGAGUUUUCGAAUUUUUGAAAAGCUUUUUUGGCUUGGUAAAAUGCGCAGUAGAAGUAAUACGGUUUCUAGAAGCUUCAUUAACUUAAUUUUUAGCUUUUUAUUAGUUAAAACAUUGAAAAACACUAAAAGUUGUCAUGGUUAAUAUACGAAAAUUCAAUUUUUUUGCAAAAACUUUUGACUCAAAGGGAUUAGUGACAUGUUAAUGUAAGGCCUAUAGCAUACGAAGCUCCAACAUCAUAGAAACACGUCAAAUUCGACGUCUUUGAAGUUGGUUGUCACGCGAUUUCACGUCAAAGUUUAUAUAUAGAAGUUGGACUAAUGAGCUUGUUUUUAUGGAUUUUAGGGAAAUUUGGUUGAGAUUGGUAUUGAAAUUGAUUGUUUAAUAUGAAGAAGGGUUUAAAAAUAGAGGAUUUGCAAAAAUUUUUGGGUGGCAGGGUGUGGAAAGGCAGUUAUAGUAGGAAUUGGGCGAUAUUAUAGUAGAUUUUGGGCAUUUUUGAUGAUUUUUGUGCCAUUUUUGAUGAUUUAUGCUAAUUUUUGAAAAAUUUAGAAGGUCUACGUACCCGUUCCAGUACCAGUGUUCCCAACACAAGCUUCCAACAAGCUUUAUGGCCAAGCCAAUCAGCCAGCCAAUUCGCCGAACAUCAAGUAAGUGGCCAAUAUGAGCUUUUUAUAGAUGAGUUUAUUGGUUUAGGAGGGUUUUAGAUGACAUUUUUGGUGUUAUUCUUGAUAAUAUAUUGUUUAGAAAAGAUUUGUUUUUAAUUAUAGGUAUCACUUGAACUUUGGAUAACACAUUUUUUGAGUUUAGACUUAAAUUUAGGUAUCAAAUUUAUAUUUUUAGGUAUAAAACGGUAGUAUUUUAGAUAUAAAACCUCAUUUUCAGGUACUAUGAUCCAUCAACUGAUGGCUUCUUCUACGAAAUGGCAUCGGUCAAUGGCUGGACUCGUCGUCGUCCAUCCAGCUCUCAGCUAGGCCAACGCUCCGACAUGACCACAAGAGACCUCACCAACCACGAGGUGGAGGAACUAGUCCUCAGCAAGGUCGAUGAUCAAGGCGCACCCAAACUCAACAUCGCCAUGGCCCAGCUGCUGGCUCGCCAAAUCAGCAAAAAUCAGCAGAAUCAGCUGGCUGAUGACUAUCCAUCUUCCUCAUCUACUGUAUCCUCAACACACUCGGACGAUGUCACUCCACCACCACAAACUACCCAAGCCUUUGGCACAACAACACAGAAAGAGUUACAGGUCGGUAGCUUCGAGGAACCGUACGAGUUUUACUGGAGCGACAACGAGAAGAACGACAAGGGCUUGGAGCAGGCAUCCUCAACAUCGAGUGUGGAUGAGUUUGUCAACAACCCACUGAACGCGUUCUUUGGUGGAAUGUGCUUGGAGGAGCAGAACAGACUCAGGCCGGAUUCGUUGAAGUAGGUUUUUGCUGAAAUUGAUGAAAUAUUGGGGGUGAAGGGGUGAUUUUGGCUUGAUAUUGUUGUAGGUAUAGAGGUGGUGGACUUUUUUGGAAUUUUUGAUAGGUUUUUGGAUCUUAACUUGUUGAUUGUUGUUGUUAAAAGAUUCUUUAACGUCUUUGGCAUGUUUUUUGAUUAAGCAUUUGAUAGAAAAAGUUCUAUUGGAUUUGCUAUGAUAUUAUAUUAUUGUAGGUAUAGAGGUGAUGGAAUUUUUUUUUUCAAUUUUUUAGGUUUUUUAGGAGUUUACUGGGAAUCAUUAUAUAGUAUAUGAAUUUUAAGGUUCUUUUGAAUGUACUACAGCUUUUUCGCUUUCAAAUAAUGUUAUUAUUAUUUAAUUUCAUCGCUUUUCAGGAUCACAAACCAGGCCAACAACGACAAGCGCCUCCCGCGCUUCAACGUCGACAAGUUCAUCGCGGACCUGCCAAUGGUCGACCAUGACAGUUUCAUCAACAACCUGAACGCCCUCCCAACACCGCUGGCAAUGGACUCGUCGUUGGGCUUUGGCCACUUUAAGGAAUCCCCCUUCAUGACACCGGUCGUGAACCCGCCGUCCUCGAUCUGGUCACGGCACGACCUGGAAAUGGAACGGAACCUACACGAUCUGGAGAAGAUUUGGAACUGA